GACGUUUAGACUUAUUCAGUUAUUAAUUGAUGUAAUUUGCCGCCAUUUUAGUUAAAUAUUGAAAAGGGGGAGAGCAGAGCAGACUAGUAGACUACUACUACAACCGACGUAGUCGUCGUAACAUCGAGACGCAUUUGCUUCUACUCUGCGAACCGCCUCUUACGUCUCGUAUGUUUACGGAAAUGGAUGAAACUCUGAUUAGAAAAAGGAGGGCUGGAGUGGAAAGUAGUCCGAGAACGUCGUCAGAAGAAAAGCACCAGAAAGUUCGCAUCAAGAAGGAAUUUGAAUGUGAUGUGUGCGGGAGGACCUACUCUUGGGAACAAAGCCUAAUAAGACAUCAAAAGUCAACCAAGCACUUAAGUGGGAGGAGUCAAUCUUCUGUGUCACUCGGAAGAGAGUUGCGGCAUAAUUUUAACAAUAGAUUGCACAAGAAUACUGAAGCAAGCAAACGUCAUGUGAAUUCAUCUGCUAACAAGGCGAAGGGAAAUCGUAAAGUUUGUAAAAAUCCGUAUGCAUGUGAUAUCUGCGGUAAGGUAUUUAGUUUUAAAAAUUAUGUGGCUGUGCACAGGAGACUCCACUUGAAUUUAAAACCGUACAAAUGUUCGAUAUGUGGAAAAGAAUAUGGGCUGCCUUCCAGCUAUAAGAAUCAUGUUAAGGGGCACAAGAAUACCAACAUUAGAAAAAGGUUUUCAAAACCACCUGCCACGGGUAUGAGCAACCAACAAAAGACAGUGAGACCAAAAGUUCAAAAUCCCUGUGCCUGUGAUAUUUGUGGUAAAGUAUUCAGUAAUAAAAAUUAUGUUCAUUGUCACAAAAGAAUUCAUUAUGGUUUGAAACCAUUCAAAUGUACAUUGUGCAAAAUGGAAUUCAGAUAUAAAAGCAACUAUAAUAAACAUUUAAAAGAGCAGUGUGAUGCUAGUGAAGAGCAGUGCUCAGUCAGUUCACUUGCUGAAAAUUUGAAUGACCAAGACAAGGAAGAUAGUCAAGUGUUGCAACUGAGAAGUAGUGACAGCCACAACAUGACCUCCCAUGCAAAAUUACACAGUGGUCCAAGUGUCACAAGGAGUCCAGCCAAUUUACCUGCUAAGAGUUUGAAUAGUGAGUCUAACACACUUCCCUGUAAAUUGUGUGAUAAAACAUUCAGUCGCAAAGCUCCUCUGCUGGUCCACAUGAGGACCCAUGCUGGUGCAAUGCCUUUUACUUGUACCGUAUGUAACAUAAAAUUCAGGGUGGCUGCUUGUACCAUAUGUAGCAUGAAAUUCAGGGUGGCUUUUAAUUACAGGAAGCAUAUCGAAGAAAUGCAUCCAAAUAUUAUCAAAAGUCGGGAAGUUGGAAAGAAAGUUGUGGGUCUGUUAUGUAGCUAUUGUUUUAAGGCUCCGUCGCGACUUGAUCCCGUCAGACAUUCCAAAAGUCACAGGAGAUACGGUUGUAAGAAGUGUAAGAAGGAUUUUGCCUUGAAGACAGAUAUGGUUAUGCAUAUGAAGGCAGCCCACGACGUGAAAGAAAAAUUAGACGAAAGUGAUCAACCGGAAGACGGCAUCAAUGAAAGCAAUGAACAUUCUCCUAAAUAUAAUGAAGAAAAUAGAAAUGUAAAUGGAUGUGAAGUCUGCCAGAAGACAUUUCCUGAUGCUGCUGCUUUAAAGAAGCAUAAAGCAGCUGUGCACGUUGAGGGGAAACCUCACGUGUGUGACGUCUGUCAUAGAGUUUUUGGAAUGAAAGUUAAUUUGGCAAGACAUUACACAACUCACACAAGAGGAAGAAGAGUGGCUCUCACUUCAGGCGUCAAACUAAAGCAGAGUUCAUCAAGAACAAUGAGAAGAGUUCUCAACAGGUGCAAGGCUUGCAAAAUAUCUUUCACUUCACCCUCUGAAUACUUGAAGCAUCGAAUAAUGCAUUUUAAACUUGGGCCUCAUGAAUGUCAAGAUUGUAAAGUUGAUUUCAAAAAUCCGAAAGAUUUUGGUGAUCACAUGAAAAAUGUCCAUAGAUCUUCAAAACCAUUUAUUUGUAACAAAUGUGGUAUGGAAUGCUUCCUCUAUGUAAAUUUAGUAAGACACAUAUUAGUUUCUCAUGAAAAUUUUAAGAUGAAUCCACUUCACAAUAGAACCUCAAUGGCAAAGUUUUCUUUCAAUAAUCAUGGCAAAAGAAGCGACAGACAGAAUAGAAAUCACACCCUUGGUAAAGAAAAUACCUUGGAAAACAAUCAGUUACCGUCAGAACAGCCACCGAUUGAGAUAGAUGACCUUAGUAAUACAGCCAGCACCUGGAAAUCUAAGACAGAUAUUCACAAGUUUCCUGACAUACAGGAAAGCAAACCUCACGUGUGUGCCUUGUGCAAGUCAGUGUUCACAACGUACUAUUUCUUGAAAGUGCACAUGACACGUGUCCAUGCAAAUGUUGGAGGCGUGACACUGAGGAAGAAGAGGGAACCUUGUCGAGUGUCACCCAAGUUUGUUCAUGCCUUUGAGUGUUCUUUAUGUAAGGAGAGGUUUCCAUCAAGGUAUUUAAGGUCAAAACACAUGAGAACUAAUCAUGAAACUAUUACUACUAGUAUAUGGAUUCAUACAUGCAUGAAGUGUAAACAGAUGUUUAUGGAAAAGGGAGUUUAUGUUGAGCAUCUUGAAAUUUGCCAAAGUAAGAGUGACGUGAACUGCAGGAAUGAAGACACUUUUGGUAACAUCAUCAACUCGGUAGCAAAAUUAGCUGAAGGGCAAAACACAAAGCCUAAAGGCAACAUAAUAUCACAAGAAAAGGAAUAUAAUGGAAAAAAUAAAUUACACAAAACAGGUGCAAAACCAGACUUACUUGGAAAUGAAAAUGUGGAAGACUCACCGGGAGGAAAUGUACUUCCUGAGGACUUUGCAGAUGAGAGUCCUGAGACCGAGAGCCAAAAGUUUCAUAAGGAUGACGAAAAGAAAGUCAAUGAGUGCCUUGUGUGUAGAAAGCAGUUUACAAGAAGAGAUCUUUUGUCAGAACACUUGAAAGUAACUCAUAACAUCUCUCACUUGCUUUUCACAUGUAUACGUUGUAAACAGUUGUUUUCCAAAAGGUCCUCCUUCAAGGAGCAUAUUAAAAUUUGCCGGAAUGAGAGUGCCAUGAAUUUAGUGAUUGAAGAAAAUACUAUCAAAAUUGUUGGUCCGGAAAUAGAAGUAACUGAUCAUAGGCAAAAUACUGAGCUUGGAGGGAGCAAAACAUCACAAACAAGGGAAAGGGAAGAAAAUCUUAGAUAUCAAGAAACUGACAAUGGAGAGCAAGAAUUAAUUGAAAAUGCAGAAGUGCAAGCAAACAAAAUUACAGCUGCACAAGGGGCUUUAAAUGAGAAUGGUGCCAAAGUCGCAAAACAUAAUAAAACUAGUAAAAUGGAAGUAAAUGAUAAACAAAGUGGGCCUCAGGAAACUAAAGAUGAGGAACAAGAAUUACUACAUAAAAAUGAAGAAUCAGAAUUUCAAGCAAAUAAAAGUGAAGAUUUACCGGAAAGAGUAUUUACAGAGGAUGAACAACCAGUGGUGUUGGACUUUCCAGAGAUUCCAAAAUCCCAGGAAAUAGAAUGUACUGAAUAUGAAAGUUUGAGUUUGAGUGGCGACUAUGAACAUUUCAGCAGUGACAAUGAAAACUUUUCUGACGACAAUCAGAGUGGAGGUCUGCGAAGUGAUGAUGAUGAUGAUGAUGAUAUUGAUGAUAGUGAAAGUAAUGCAUUGCCUGUUACUGAAAAAGGAGGAACGUUGAAGAAUGAUAAGGGAGUCACAGUUACAAAAUCAACUGAAGUGGAAACAGUAAAUGACCAGACAGACACUAGUGGGAGUGGCAUAGACAACUUUAACAAUACCAGCCUUGAGACAACACUUGAAGAAGGAGAAUGUUUGAAAUCAAAAGAAAGGACCAGACAACUUUCUUUUGAAUGUGGAAAUAGGAUUUCUACAUCUGGGCAAACCUCUGAUAAAUGUGAAACUGAAAUUGAAUCAGAAAUUGCAGAGAGGGCUUCAACUGCAUCACAUAAUAAUUCUGAACCGUCCGAGCCCAAAGAAUGUGACGACAAUGCUCCGGAGCAAAACUUACACAUUUAUAGUCAGUCAGAUACUGACAUAAUCGAUGAAUCUCUGGUCGUUCCAGAAGGAGAGGAAAGUACUGCAAAAGAAAGCUGUGAUGUGUCCAAAAGACGAAAACAUUCAUACAAAUGUGAUACUGUUAAACCAGAGAUGUGUGAUUUUGUGGCUAAUGCCAACUGCUCAGGCUAUCAGCUAUUCAGGAGAAGUGUGGAGAUGAACUGUCUUGCCACUCAUAACGAGAGCCAAGAUGUUCCAAAGUAUGUCGUCAUUCGAAAUGUAAAUGUAGCCUAUGCCAGCUUUUAUGAAGCAAAGGUGGUCAGUGGCUGGAUGAAGUAUUAAGUAUGUCAAUAGCUUUUUGUUAGAAAUGAAAUUUACUGUGAAUAGAUUUCCUGAGAAAUGUUCUCUCUGCUCAGGUUAAUAGUCUUACCAUAGCUUCACAAACUAAGAAAGCAACUUGGAUGGAAAAGUGCCCAUAAGAAAGUUAUUCUAGGACAACGGAGAACUUGUAUUUAGUUGUGUUCAGCAGGUUCUGUUAAAUAUUUCAUGUUUAUUAUAUAAUGUUAAUAUAAUUUACAAGCCCUCUGGUAGCUGUCACUCUGGGUGUAUCUUAUCCUCAUCUUGUACAUCACCUUUAAAUCCCAGUCAUUUUAUUUUGACUCUUCAUGAUUUUCCAUCUUUUUCCAGAAAGCUGAUCUGUUUUGUGCAUUACCACCCAAUUCUUAUUUUGGAAUGAAAAUGUCUGGUAUAUAAAGAAAUUUCUUCAAAUGAACUUUAUCUAACCAUUAUUUAGCUAUUACUUCUGUGCCAGGGGUAGUUAGUUCAGCAGAUAAUAAAAAAUAAAAGUACUUUGUUUUCUAUCAAUAUCUCUUCUAUCCUACUCCCCCCACCCCCUUAGCUGAUGAGUUUACUUCUGUCGCUGGUUUAGGUAGAAGUUAUCCGUAGGGGGGCAGUGUCGUCAAUGCACCUCAUGCAGUGUACUGUAGGCAUUACUUGAGAUUCUUUGCAGCUCCCUUCGCCCCUAGCUGCAACUACUUUCAUUCUGUUUUACUGUACCUCCAUUCAUAUUCGCUUCUUCCAUCUUGCUUUCCACCCUCUCCUAACAAUUGAUUCAUAGUAUAACUGCGAGGCCUUCCUCCUGUUACAUCUUUCAAACCUUUUCACUGUCAAUUUCCGUUUCAGCUCUGAAUGGCCUUAGUUGCCCCAGUGCUUGGCAGUAUGCCUAAAAUCUAUGAAAUCAAAUUAGGUAGAAGUUCGACAAAUGCACUCAUAUUAACUCAGCAGCCAAUCCUGAGUUAUUACCUUGGUGGAGGUAAUUAUUCAUUAUGGAAAUUUUAAUGGAUGUGCUUAGUCACCGAGAUAAGUAAUACAGGUAGUCCCAAGUUAUCACCGGACUUGGUUAAUGGCGAUCCGGUUUUAUGGCGCUCGUCCAGCCCCAUAAAUUCGGCGACUUAAGGUGCCGUAAUGGGUCAAGUUUCGUUAUCAGUGCUGUAAGGUGGCAAUAAGAGAAUUAUGGCGCCAUUACGUACCUGACAGAGGUGCCAUUGACAGAAACUUGGCGCCAUAAAUCGCCGAGCCUGGGGACUGACUGUGGUACUGGUGGAAGAGACUCGACAUCUAGAGGUUGACUUUAGACAGUAGGCUGUGGGCAUCCCUUGUUAUUGGACCUGUUUGAGACUAAGGGGCGUCAUCCUUUUGUCAGUUUUUUCUUCACCGUUUGAAGGUCCUCUAGUAUGGGCAGACACACCAAGCUGUUCCCUGGGUAGGUCUAGAAAGUCUGCCUAUCCAGGCUGGGUUUCCAGUUUCUUUCAGUGGUGGAUGCAAGUCAAACAGAGAUAAAAGGUUUCAUCACAAUUACACAAACUACAGGUGAAUGACUUUUGUGGCCAUUGUUCUGGUGAGCCCAAGGUGGGAUCUUGCAGUAAUGCCACCAUGAUCUGUGCUAGGAGAGAAUCUACUAAUCAAUUUUGCCCACACCAGUUGUUUGUCAGGCUGUAUAUCAUGAUCCCACUUUCUUUUUUUUUUCUAGCUCUAAUACAUACCUCUAUAAACAACAUGGUUAGGUUUCUGUGGUUACUCAAGCAUAAGGAAUUUUUUUUUUUGCAUCAACCUUGAAGGCUGAAGGGUCAUGUUGGCUUUGGUAUAGGCUUGUCGGAGGACAAAGACAUCUAGAUGUUUUUCAAGAUGUUAAAGUGGAAUUUCCCAGGUCUCUGUUAUGUUCUGUACCAUGGAAUCUGUAUGCAGUUCUUGAGUUCGUUUGUCGACCCUUUGAACAGUUUGGAAGUUUCUUUGGAAACUUCACAGUUGCCUUAGACACAGUUAAAAGAGUGAGAGAGCCACAAUCUUAGUCAGGCAAUCCUUGCCUUGUUUUGUGCCAUGCCCAUACCUACAGCAGUAGUCACAGGGCUUGGGGAAUUUGACCCCUCGGGGGUCCAGUAUUGUCUUAAGGAUUGUUGGAAUUACACUGAAAGGAUAAAACCUUGAGCGGUAUGGAAACCAGUUUUUCCGAAGAGUAGGAAUGGCUACGUUUAAAUUUUAAAACUUAUCUUUGGAUGUAAUAUGGAAGUCACUCAGUGACAUUGUGAUUGCUUUAGUUCAUCUUCAUGGUGCGGAGAAUAAGUACAAUAAUUGCAGAGCAUUAAUUCCUCUGGUUUGGGUUGGUAAUAUUGUGUCCUGAGCCGAUAGGUAGCCUUUCUUGGUGUAGUACUGCUUUUCAAACCUGGCUGUGGGUUAUGGGAAGCUUCUAGGUACUGUAUUGAAUUUGAGAAGUAUAACUGUUAGCAUGUAUAUACUUGUUAGUUAUCCAGCAUGGCUCUGCAGGUUUUUUGGCACAGUAAGUCUUUUCUUCUAUAAAUGUCAUUGCAUAAAUAGGAAUAUACAAGAUGAAAUACUUGAACAUUUUAUUUUAGUUAUAUUAGGAAGACAAAUUGGGUAUGCGGUCUAUACCUCUUUACCCAAUUGGAUAUUAUUCAGAGUACUGACUUUGGUUAACAGAAUUUUAUUUUUAAUAUUGAAAGUUUGCACGGUAAUUCAAAAACAUUUCUUCAGUUUUAUUGAUAUAUGCUAACAAUAACAUGCAUAUUACUUUUAUUUAUGUUAUAUAUUUUGACUUAAAAAAAAAAAAAUUAUUUAUUACUUUGUAAGUACAGGAUAGUCACAGAAAAUAUGGACUUCCAGAUUUUUUUUUUUUUGGGGGGGGGGGCGGGGUUGUCGUUUGAACCCGCCUCCUCGGUCAGGCCUGUACUAAGUGCCCUUUAAAGGGCUGGCUGAUUUCCGCUGAUUUCCACUUUGGCCCACCACCUUUUUCAAAUGUGGGAAUCAGCUAUAUAAUGGAGGUAUGAAAAUAUAAGUACGUACUUAAUUCAAGGCUUCUCUUAAAUACAUCUCCAUUAUAUAAAUUUCCCUCCCUACCUGUGCACAUUCAAAGUAGAUAGGCUACAGGUGUUUGCAUAUAUUGGUCCCCUGGGGGUGCGGGGGAGUAAACGGAUAUUCAUAGAAAACCAAGUUGUCUUUUUUUUUCUUCUUCUUCUUCUCCCCGUUGAACUACCACUGGCACCGGAGUAAAAGCUACUUAAUUGAGAGUUAAGUAUUUAAAAAUUAUCUGUAUUUCAUAUACUGUAGAGCACAAAGGUUGGAUGUACAAUGUUUCAUAGGAACAAACAGUAUUACAUUAGUAUUUCAUAGGAACAAACUAUUUCUAUUUUACCGCUGCCCUUUCGGCUGGUAAGGGUGGAUUGUAGGUGCUUAAGGAAUUCUAUUUAUGAUGGUUCAGGUGCUUCAUAAAUAAUAAUGUUCCAGAUUUACAGAAGUGUAUUGCAGGUAAUUUGCUUUAUUGUUGAUUAUGAUAAUUUAUUCAUAAAUUUUACUGGAUUUUUUUUUUUUUUCCUAAAAUGGUGAUUUCAAAUUUCUCCUUUUAAAUGUUUAUUGGUAGAAAUUCAGAGUAACAUUUAAGACAAGUAAAAUUAAUUUUACCAAUGGUUCAAAGACUUCAGCAGCACAGCUGUCUUACCCCCACUGCUGAUCAGAUAACGUUUGGGCAAACUAUAAACUAACCUCUUGGUCUAGAAAUUGGCAAGAUCAUUUUAGGAAAGGAGAAGGAGGGUUUGCAAUCAGUCGUGUCUGUUACUAACAAAGGAAUUUGUGGCCCCCUGGCCAAAACGAUCUUUCAUAACUUUGGAUGAUCGGAAUGCUGGGGGGAGAGUAAAAUGGCCUUUGCUGAUGUACAGUCCUGUUCAAGUGCAGGAUUGUCAUCAGUUUAUCAUUUUCAUUUCAUUUCUACAUCUAGCCAUACUUUCAUUUCAGCGCUAAACGAUCUUAUAGGUCCCAGCGCUUGGGCUAUGCCCUAAAUUCCAUAAUCCAUCCAAAGGAAUUUGUUCUUGGCCAUUCAGAGUGGCUCUGCUUCUGCGACUUUUAUCCAUUGACCUAGUCGUUUUCUGACUCAUAGAAAGUAGGAAGAGCCACAAGUUAUAUUGCAGGCUACUCAUGUACUAUGUGAAGUCUUUUGAUGUCUACCAUGUUGUUACUCCAUGAUUAUGUUGUAAACUAUAUAUGUACUAAUAAGUGUGUUUUAAAAAGUUAAAUUUAUUAAAUUUUGUCAUAAAGUCA